AUGCAACAAUUGCAAAAUGAUGAGAAUAGAAAUCUACUGGAUCUAAUCAACAGUCGCAAACAAUUUCCUCGACUCUACAUCAAAGCUGGCGAAUCAACUGAGGGAAAUUUAGAUGAGACACUCGAGUUUUUCGAAAAAGCUAUCGACAAUAUCCCACAAUCUUUCGUCUCCAACCUAGAAAAUCUUUCGAGUGAAAUCAAUUCAAAAUUAGAUGCAAUAGAAUCUCAAUGA